UAAGAUCGGUGGUAUCAAAACGAAUAUAUUACUCGCUAUGGAGCAGCGCAUCAAGCCACGCGGCAUUCUUGAGCGUCUUGACGCUGGUGAGGUGGUGGUUGGUGAUGGAGGUUUUGUGUUUGCUUUGGAGAAAAGAGGUUACGUCAAAGCUGGUGUGUUCACUCCUGAAGUUGUGGUGGAAUUCCCCGAGGCUGUUCGACAGCUUCACAUCGAGUUUCUUCGUGCCGGUGCUGACGUCAUGCAGGCAUAUAAUUACUACGCUUCMGAAGACAAGUUGAUAAACCGUGGAAACCAAGCCAUUCGAAUCGGGUUGAAAGAGAUCAAUGCAUCAGCCUGCAGRCUGGCGCGKGAGGUUGCCAACCAAGGUGAUGCACUUGUUGCKGGUGGUCUCACACAGACUCCAUCUUACAUGGACGGUCGAGGAAAGGAAACCGUUCAACGCGAAUUCCAGAAACAAGUUGACAUUCUUGUGGAAAAYGGCGUCGACUUUCUCAUAGGCGAGACCUUUGAUCACGUAGAAGAAGCAGUUUGGGCAACAGAAGAGUGCAAGAAAUCUGGUCUUCCAGUGGCAAUGUGUGUUGGAAUAUGUGAAAAAGGCGAUUUAGAUGGAGUUCCUCCAGGUGAAUGUGCUGUGAGAAUAGCAAAAGCAGGGGCUGACAUAGUUGGUGUUAAUUGCCAUUUUGGUCCCAAUCGCUUGAUAAGUGCACUACGUAUGAUGAAAGAAGGUCUGGACAAGGCUGGAAUUAAAAAGCAUCUCAUGGUCCAACCAAUUGGAUAUUUGACACCAGAAUUGAAUGAAAUCGGCUUCACAAGUGCUGUCGAGUUUCCGUAUGCAUUGGAACCUCGUACAUUGACCCGCUUCGAUGUCCAUAAAUACGCAAGAGAAGCCUACAAUCUUGGUGUACGGUACAUUGGAGGCUGUUGUGGCUUUGAAGCCUACCACAUCCGGGCAAUUGCUCAAGAGCUCAGUAAAGAGCGUGGUAAACUACCUCCCUCAAGUUCUAAGGACGAAAUGUGGGGAGCGAAUCUACGUCAACAUACCAAACCCUGGGUCAGAGCUCGUGCAAGCCGAUCGUACUGGGAGAACUUACAACCAGCCARCGGACGACCAUACAGUCCUGYAUUGUCCAAAUCGGCAAAUGGGAGUGGGUGGUCGUUUACCGCUGGCCAAAAAGACAUGCAGCAAUAUAACGAAAUGACAAGAGCGGCAGAACUUGAGGAAAACAUGAAAAAAGCUGCUUUGAAGUCCUGAUUAAGAUAAAAWAAGUCAUUCAAUAAAUUUCGUACAUAGACGACA